GAAAGAGGCUAAGUACCUACGAGAGGCUACUCUUGUUGCUAUGGAAAAUUACAUUUAGCGAAAGGUUUUGAAAAGAGACAAAUUUGUUUCUUUGCACCAAGCUUUGAGAAAAUACGGUGUUAAAGGGCAAAAGCAUAUAAUCAACAAUCAUGGCUCCAAAGAAAAAAGCAGCUAAAGGUAAACUUGCAAGAAUGACGGAAGAGGAGAGAAUUCUUCAAAUGGAGAAAAAGGCUCUUGCUGAGGAAGAAAUGAAAAGGAAAAAAGAAGAUAUGCUUACCCAGUUUUUGAAGGAUAAGCUAGCAAAGGAAGAGAAAAGUUCAAAGUUUAAUAUUAGCAAACUGCAACACCAAUGGAGGGUAAUAAUGAGGGAAGCUAAAGCACAUGAUUUGAAAAAAGACAUAGAAAUCCUUAGCCAGACGUUUGAAAGAAUUGUUGAUAGAAAAGAUGCCAUUCUGAAAUCAUUAGUAAAAGAUUCAGAUGAAGCUGAAGAGCAGUAUCAGAUUGCUCUAAGAAGUCAUAUACAGAAUAUCGAUCAACUUAUAGAUUUUCAAGAAAAAAGACUUGUUACUUUGGAAACAGAGUUUGAAAAUGAGUUAGAACACAUCAAAAAUGAAUUUGACACAGAAAGAGAGAAGAUACUGAAGCAGCACAAGGCUGAGACAGAUGAGAUAAUGGAUAUUAUGUUUGCCAUGGAACACGAAUUUGAGGAAAGGGAGAAUGAUGCAAAGCAGGAAUUUCAGAGUUUGCGUGAUGAGAUAAAGAAUAAGAAUCUUGAAGAAAAACACGCACUUAGGAUUCAACUUGAAGGUCAGGUCGAGGAACUCUGGAAGCAGUUUCAAGCGGCCUUGAAGAAUUAUAAUGAAACUACUGAAGAAAGAAAAGUUGCAUUUGAGAACCUGAAAAUUAAAGAUGAAAAGAGUGCAAAGGAGAUUGAGUUGCAAAUGAGGAAACUGCAUAGAAUCCAGGAGAAAAUCUCCCAAAUUCGUUCAAAAAUGUCGCAAAAUGCCAAAGAGUGCGAAGAGAGAAAUAAGGACCUCAAAGAGGAAAGAGAGGCGAUCGCUUCAAAGUUCCACGAACUGAAAAAUCAAAUGAACAGGUUCAGGGAUCAACAAAGGUCACGCUUAACCAAACUGACGCUACAAAGCAACUCCGCUUUGCAGGAGCUUGACAAGAAGAAAGAAAAGGGUGACAGAAUUCUAAGGCAAGCAGAAAUGUGCAGAAAACUAGAGACGGAGGAAGAAAAGGUUCUGCCAUUUUACGCGUCGUCUCUCUCCCCUGAGGAGGAAAAAGAUGUUGAAACCGCUGUGGAGGAGUCUACUGUAGAAAAGCUCGCUGAGGUCAUGCACGAGUAUAGGCCACUAGAGAAUUUCUGGAAACGCAUGAACAAGGUAUUGCUAGACAAGAUGGCACUUGAUAAAGAAAUGCAAACGCUACAGAACGAAAACCAACAACUUCGUUCGGUGUUGAAGCAGUAUUUGGAUGGAAUCUCAGUCAAUGACGAAAUACUGAGUCAGACAAAUCCACUGUUUGUUGUAAACAAUCGCUCGAAUGUAUCAAUGGCGGUGCCUGUUAUGGACCCACGUGUUCGUAGCAAACCAACUCAGACAGUGGUAGAAGCUGCUCACGUUGUGAAACAUGCCAUUUGAAGUGACAUGGUCUCGUGAGCAUGGAAGUGAAUGUUUUUGUGGGACAGAUCUCUCUCUUUCUUUACUGAUAAUAUUUGUAUAUAGGUAUAUUUAAUUUCCUAUAAUGAUUAAAUUAAGCACCGAUCAACUUUUUGUUGUCGCCUUAAUCGCAAAUUUAGUCAAACUGGUAGUUCUGGUGAAGCUUUGCUUUACCUUUACUUCAGAGACAAGAUACCUGCAUUAAUGUUUUGGAAACUUUCGAUUCAACAGGCACUCUUAAUUAUUAAUAAAAGAACGACCAAUAAUCAUAUUAAAGUAGUGUUAUGGUAAAGAAGGACAUUGAGUCAUGAUGGUUAGAUUCUUUUUACUUGCAAUGUGUUUUGUGAUUCAUUUUUUUCAUUCCAUUAUUAUUUUGGGUGCUUCCAAAUUGCCGUGAAAGAACCUCAAUACUUCAAAUAUUCAUAUACUAACCUAUUGUUCUCCUACAUCAGUACAAUGAAGCUGAUCGAGCCUCUCAAUCUUGAGACCUUUCGCGCCUAAAGCUUUGGGCUGCCAUUUGUUUAAACGGUGCACACAAAGUGCUGCGCCUAAAAUGGUGCAUUAACAAUUAAAUUCUAAAAUAUUCUAAGAUACAACGACCUAGGGAAAUAAGUGGACAGUGAAUUCUUUGUUACACAAGCUUAGUACCAUGGCAAAAAUGUUUGACGUCACUUACGAAUGAUGCAAGAUUUUGUUUCAACGGUUACUUUGAAUUUUGCUAUGAAAAAGAAAGUUGAACUGAAACCAACAUGAUUGCUCUCUAGUCUCAUACAACACAGCGAGGUCUCAAGAUGGACGCUGCAAUGUGGAAUCAACGCUGGGCUGGAGAAGCUCGAUCCAGUCUUUUUUUGAGAUCAGUGGCAUCGCACUGAUGAGGGCGGUUUCCUCGUACGCAAGAGUCAGUAAAAUAUGUGUCAUGGCCAAAGCAAGGACAUGAGACAAGUGGAAAAAUUUGGACUUAAAAGAGACGGUCACCAAAAUUGAAAGAGUGACCCUUGCGGACAAUGGAAAGGCCCUAAACAGCACAAGACAGGGACAUUAUAAUAACACCUAGCACAACAAUUUUAAUAACAGUACAACAUGCUGCUACUAAACAUAAAGUCUAAGUUUCCGGCUUGCAACCAACUCGAAUCUAGGUUAAAUAAACUGCAAUGUUGCAGUAAAUAAAACUAUUGCAAGGUGACAAGAUAACGACAGACAAUAUUUUAUCCUUCGCCCAGUUUUAAUAUCGAGGCUUCAUAAAUCUUUUCAAAUAAGACAUUUUGUAUCCUAUGACAAGUUGGUUCCUUUGAUCUCUUUGACAUUUUUCUGCCCCUGAGAAAGGUAUGUAUCUUCUGUUGGAGCCAGUUAUUUGUUGCUUUUGGAAAUCUGGUUGCUCUAAUGCACUUAAUCGAAUGGGCUCGGCUGGUGUCUUCAGGCGGGUCUGGAAAUUCGGUGCGUUUUGAAUAUAUUUUACAAGCCGUGCUACGUUUUUUGAGGAUGAGUCACAUGGUCUUUGUUAAUGUAAACACAUUUGUGAUGAAAGGAAUGUUUGGGAUAGUUGAAAAACUUUCUGUCAUUCUUUUCAAGGUCAACAGCCGCCUUUCCAAUUCUCUUAUCACUCCUGUCAAAAAUGGCUGAAAAGCAAAAUAAAAAUCACGUAGCAUGUAAUCGUAAUUAUUAAUGCUCGUUAUUACCAUUGCGACAUGUCCCAAUCAAAACAUUUCCAAAUUAUCUCAUGAAAAGCUUUUCAUAAAAAAAUGAGUAUUUAUCAUACAACCCAAACGACAAAUUUACAAGCUAAUUCUCCCUUCAUUAGAACUGUUGCUUUUCAACUGUUUGAUAUGAGAGUUGUGGUCAUUUCAUAGACAGAAAAUAGCGAGGGGCAAGUCACUCCAAGAAAAUCUCGUACACUUUUUAGGAAAAUCCUAUAGUUUUUUCUGAAAAUCCCUGGAAAUCCUUUUGUUUUAGAGAAAAUCUCGUACGCUAUUUGCAAGAGUGAAUUACCCCUCGGAAAAUAAUACAGCGAAGACCCUGCCAACUAGUAGACCCCGCCAGCUAGUAGACCCUGCCAACUAGUAGACCUCGCCACCCGGUCUUAAAUGCCCACCAUU